UACUUACUUACCUCCUUCGCAGCACUGCGUAGCAAAGGCACGUAGAAGGAAGAAGGACAGGGCGGCGUAGGCAGGCGAGGCAGCUGAUGCACCCGCAUUACAACGACUUACGGGGAAGGGGGGAAGAGGCGCGUGCAGCAGGGACCAUGAAUACACGAGGAAUGGGACAGAACUGAUGACCGAGAAGCAAUCGGGGUUGUAUGUAUAUGUAUGUAUAUAUGUAUCUAUCUAUCUAGCAGACGAGAAAUGGACAUGGGAAAAUGUCAUGAAUGAGAUCGAUUGGUCGAUAGGUGAUGAUGAUGAUGAUGAUGAUGAGAGAGUGUAUGUAUGUAUAUCUUAUAUGGUCUAUAAAGAAGAGAAUUCAUCACUCAAUGAUCAAGAACAAGCAUAAGAACAACAAAAAUCACAUACACC